UCACUAGAAAACUCCAUCGGUACAAGGAGGACCACUGCAAUAUUCCCACGACCAUACCUACUUUCAUCAAGCAUGUCUUAUUGUAAAGUUAUCCCCGCAUUGGGCAGAGUAAAGCCGGGUCAGUUGUUGGGCUCGAGGCUUCGGUCCACGGUAGCAUCCACGCAGCACAAAGAGCUGAAGACGGAAGACAGGCUGGACCCGAGCUGUACUGUCGUGGAGAAGCCCUGCGAUGUGGACCUCAUCAGCGGGAAAGCGCACGCGGACAGCCAGAAGAUCUUCGUGGACUUCGACAACACACAAGAAGCCUAUAAGAGCAAAGACACACUGGAGCUGCUCAGAAGCCUGCUGGUGUUCAAACUCUGCACCUUUGACUUCCUGGUCGACAAAAAUAAAGAGCUGAUGGACCUCAGUAAAAAGGUUUUUGGCCAGCGGGUCUUCGAGAAACUAAUGAAAAUGACCUUCUACGGUCAGUUCGUUGCGGGUGAGGACCAGAACUCCAUUAAACCUCUGAUUAAGAAGAACCAGGCGUUUGGCGUGGGCUCGGUUCUGGACUACAGCGUAGAGGAGGACCUGACCCAAGAAGAGGCUGAGAAGAAGGAGAUGGAUUCCUGUGUUUCUGAGGCUGAGAAAGAGAGUCAUGUGAACAGCUGUGCAAGCUUGCCUCAGGAGGACCAUGAGUGUAUGGAUCAUCGUGAGAAAAAGUACAAAGCCCAUCGGCAGUUUGGAGAUCGGCGUGGAGGAGUGAUCAGCGCUCGUACGUAUUUCUACGCAGAUGAAGCCAAGUGUGACCAUCACAUGGAGACAUUCAUCAACUGCAUUAAAGCUUCUGCUGGAAGCUCUGUCGAUGGAUUCUCGGCCAUUAAGAUGACCGCACUGGGCCGGCCGCAGUUCCUGCUUCAGUUCUCGGAGGUGCUGGUGAAGUGGAGGAGGUUCUUCAACCUGUUGGCCUCCCAUCAGGGGAAAGACGGCAUGGCAAUACUCGAGCAGAAGCUAGAACUUCAGCAACUGCAGGACAGUUUGAUCAAACUGGGAGUAGGUGCUAAAUCAGACGUUGAAAACUGGUUUACUGGAGAGAAAUUGGGUUCAUCAGGAACCAUUGAUCUGUUGGACUGGAACAGUCUCAUCAAUGACCGAACCAAAAUCUCUAACCUGCUUGUGGUUCCUAACAUGGAGAGUGGUCACCUGGAGCCUCUGUUGAGCAAAUUCACUGAUGAAGAGGAGAAACAGAUGAAGAGGAUGCUACAGAGAAUGGACGUCCUAGCCAAGGUAUUAUCACCAGAACUUCACUAAGUUACACUGUAGAUG